AUGGGAAGCACUGGUCGGUCGGCAAUAGCGGUGGGAAUCGACUGGAAAGACAAUCACUUUCUAAGCAAAUCUGGAGUCAAACUAAACAUAAAUCUCGUAUCGUAUGGACUGACUGAAGAUGAAAAUCAGGUCAUCGAUGAAGUGAUAUCCAGUUUGAGUUAUGUUUUUGAAUUUGAGCGCAAUUUUGAUUACAAACUCACGACUCAAUGGAUGUCCGAUAACUGGAAGAUAUCCUUCUACUGGAUCUUCACUUAUCUGAUGCUUAUAUUCAGUGGACAGCAAUGGAUGAGAAAUCGAGAGCCCUUUCAGUUGCGGUCCACUCUAUUCCUAUGGAAUCUGUUUUUAGCCCUUUUCUCCAUCACUGGAACUCUUAGGGUAUUGCCUGAAAUGGUUUAUGUGGUACGAGAGCAUGGAUUCGCACAAUCGGUGUGCGAUAACGGGUUUAUCACACGCGUCAAUGUGUCGAGUGUGUGGUCCUGGCUAUUCGUGAUGUCCAAAGUGCCUGAAUUGGGGGACACCCUGUAUGCAUACGGGGACGUGGCCUCUACGGGGCGCUGGUAUUUAGGGGUCAAUUAUAUGAUUCAUGCCAUUAUGUACUCCUAUUAUGCAAUGAGAGCUAUAAACAUAAAAAUCCCAAAACCGAUCGCAAUGUUCAUAACGAGUUCACAAUUAAUUCAAAUGGUUUUCGGUGUUUUCGCCACUUUGUAUGCAUUGCAUAAGAAGUCCAAUCGAUUUGAUUGUCUGCUCUCUUAUACGACAAUAUAUUCAGCGAUUUUCAUGUAUUUCUCAUAUUUUGUAUUGUUUUUCAAUUUCUUUUAUCACUCGUAUAUUAAACGCUCAAAAAAUAAACAAAAAUCCAAUUGA